CACAGAUGAAGCUGCGGUCAAGAUCUUGAGAGGGUUUACCAGAGCAAGAUCGCUCCAAAGCUGAUACAUUUUUGAUAGUAAACGCAGGUAGGUCGGUAUUUUUGCGGCUGAGGACGCAGGGAGCCUGAUCCGAAGGACCUCACCGCUUCGCCGCUACGAAUCUGAAUUUCACUCCGGAACCCAACUUGUCGUGAAAACAAGUCACGACCCCUGGACAAGUACUUCUGAUCAUGACGAACUGGAUCUUGGGCGAGAAAUUCCGCGAGCGUUAUCCUCAUUUGAGCGGCGUCAGGGCACUAUGGGAGACGAAAUGGAAACUCCCCUGCUCACUGGGUGUUUAUCCAUUCCACGAUGGCAAGCUAGAAGACUUUGCACCGAUCUUCGAGAUGCUCAUCCGUGACAACGUGAAUGAUGCCUACUCUGACAAAUAUACCGAGUAUUUCCUGCCAACGGCUGAGAAAUUGACCGAUUCUGCCCUCUCAGCCCAGGCUUCAGAUCGUGCCAAAGCGGCCGAGCUCUACAAGCGUGCGGCAUGCGUCUAUCGCAUAUCUCGCUUUCCUUCUCUCGACGCAGGACCAGGUCUGAAAAGGAAGAUUUUCGAAAUGCAGAAGCAGGUAUAUCUCCGCGGCGCAAGUUUGUGGGAUGCUCCCAUACAAGAGGUCAAGAUUCCACACACCGCAGCUGAGGGCCAGGACGGUAAAGAGAUUCCACUCUUCGUCCGACUGCCUUCGGGCGCGAGCAGUGACAAGAAGUGUCCAAUGGUACUGCUCAUCACGGGGCUGGAUGGCCAUCGACCUGACAAUACAGGGCGGACAGACGAAUUCAUUUCUCGAGGGUGGGGUUGCGUCAUUGCCGAGAUCCCGGGCACGGCGGACUGUCCAGCAGAUCGUCGAGAUCCCAAGUCCCCGGAUCGAUUGUUCACAUCCAUCCUCGAUUGGAUGGACAAGCAGCCGCAAUUGAACAUGACCAAAUGUAUUGCCUGGGGUCUUUCAGCCGGAGGCUACUACGCCAUCAGGGUCGCGCAUACCCACCACUCACGUCUGGCAGGGAGCAUCGGACAAGGAGCUGGGACACAUUUAUUCCUGUCUCGAGAGUGGCUUACACAUGUCGACGACCACGAAUAUCCCUUCAUCCUAAGUGAAGCAUAUGUCUCCAAGUACGGCUACAAAGACUGGGAAGAACUUCUCGAGAAGGCGCAAAAGGAAUAUAGUCUCGUUGAAAGUGGGCUCCUCAACGGACCAUGUUGCAGACUUCUCCUCGUCAACGGCACAUGGGACGGGUUGAUGCCGAUUGAAGAUUCCAUGCUUCUCAUGAACUACGGCCGGCCCAAAGAGGCCAGAUUUUAUGAGAAGAUGUUACACAUGGGUUACCCUCCCGCCAACGAAUGCAUUUGGCCCUGGAUGGAAUCUGUCAUGGGCACUAGCAGCACUUCUGUCUAGGUUGAUACUAGUCUGAGAAUUCCCUCACUUCCAGGUCCUUCUCAUGAGAAACACCUAAUUACACGUUACUCAUACCACAAACAUUCGUAUACCGAGUAAGGACCAUGCAACCUGUGCUGUUACUGCCUGUCUGCCUCAAAAUCCCUCCUCUGUUAUCUUUCGCCACAUCCUCGGAAUAAACACCUUGGCCUCGGCGAUGUGCUUGACCGUCCAGGGUGUCACGUUCGCGGCUUCUGCCUCUUUCCCAUCGAAAGCGUGCACGUUGUCAACCUCGUGAAUGGCAAGGUACCUCGGCGGGUCCCCUUGGGUGACGGGUGUUCUGGGCCCGACAAUGUACCUCAACGACCUGCGAUACCCAGGCAACUUGCUCAACAGUUCCAAAUGCUCCUUGCGGUACCAUUGAUCAAAGUCCUCUUCGUUUUCAGCCGUGGGCUCCAUCUCCACGGUGAGUAGAUAUGGUGGAGCAGCUGUUUGUUUGACAGUUAGCCCCAACACGACAAUAAGCGACAAGGACAAAGAUACGAAUGACCUAGACUCCUGGUCACGAUGGUCACGGGGCGAAGAGACCGGGCGGGAGACGGGACUCACAAUCACCAAUCUUGUUCGGGUCGUAUUCUUGAAUGAGCUUGUAAUUCCGACAGUCAAAGUCGCCUAUCUCAACAGUGGGUUUGUGGCCGGGCCACAUGCCGCUCGAAUGCCGG